UCACAUCUCAUCAGCAUGUCCUACAACUGCUGCUCUGGAAACUUCUCUUCCCACUCCUUUGGGGGCUACCUGCACUACCCAGGCUGCAACCCCUACAGCACUGCACUCUGCUCUCCCAGCAUCUGCCAGCUGGGCUCCUCUCUCUACAGGAACUGUCAGAAGACCUGCUGGGAGCCCACCAGCUGCCGGAAAUCCUGCUACCGCCGCAGGACCUCCAUGCGCUGCAGUCCCUGCCAGACAACUUGCACCGGAUCUCUAGGCUUUGGGUCCAGCAGCUGUCGCUCCCAGGGCUAUGGAUCUAGGAGCUGCUACUCGCUGGGAAGUGGAUCCAGUGGCUUCAGAUUCCUGAAAUAUGGAGGUUGUGGUUUUCCUUCCCUGAGUUAUGGAUCCAGAUUCUGCUACCCAAACUACUUAGCUUCUAGAGCCUGGCAGUCUUCUUGUUUUAGACCAAUCUGUGGAUCUCGCUUCUAUCAAUUCACCUGCUAAAUUUCUAGAUCCUUUUGAGUAUUGGGAUCAAAGUCUCUACUGAAUGCAGCCAUUGUUUUCAUUCUUGCCAGUUCCCAAUAUCCUUUUAUUCUUCUUCCACCAGCUUCUUGCAUCACCAACUUCUGGCAGACUGAAAUUAAUAAGUAACCUAAUAUUAAGUUCUAAUAUCUUUACCAUUGAUCGAAUAUAUGCUAU